AUGGAGUGCGAACAAGUUCUUCAAAUUUCAAUGGACAAUUUACAGAUUUGUGAUACUGGGGAUUAUAGAGAAGAAGAUGAAAUCGAAGAUCUAACUAUAAUUGAAAAUCAAAGCGAUGACACAACAAUCGUGGUGGAACAACAAGAACAACAACCAUUGACAGUUCGAGCAAAUACAGCAAAUACAGAAGAAGAUAAUGAGGAUUACUCUGGAAGUUUAGUGGGGCAUACUGAAUCAAAUAUAAAAGACUUACUGAAAGUUUACGAAAAGCAUGCACGAGCUUGGGGGUUUGCUGUAAGGCUAUCUACACAUAGACUACAUCCUACAACAAGAUUAAUGUAUGAAAAGUACAUUGUAUGUAACAAGCAUGGCUUCAGAUUGAAAAGAAAAGCAAACACUCCUACAGUAACUGAGAAGAAAAAAAAGGAAGGCAAACUUGUACCUGUUACAAGAACAGGAUGUGGAGCUCUUAUAAGGGCAAAGUUAAAUGAAGAUGGAUUAUUUGAAGUGAAAGAGCAUGUUCUUGUGCAUAAUCAUCCAAUGACUAGAAAGGAAUGGCAGCAUAUGCACAGAUCAGAAAGGAAAAUCACAGAGGAGAAGGCAAAGACAAUAGAGUUACUAAAUGAUAGUGGAUUAAAGCCUACACAAUCAUACAAAGUUAUGUGUCAUGAAGCAGGAUGGGAAGAAGCUGUUGGACAUUCAAUAAAAGACCAUUUGAACUUUGUUACAAGGAAGAAGAUGAAGGAAAUUGAGGGUGGGGAUGCUCAAAAUGUCAUUGACAAUUUAUAUAACCUACAAUCUGAAGAUCCAGAUGUGUUUUUUCGUUUUCGAUUAAAAGAAAAUGGAAAAUUAGAGAGUAUAUUUUGGAGAGAUUCUAUUAUGAGAGAAGAUUAUUUAGCCUUUGGAGAUGUUACUAUUUUUGAUACAACCUACAGAACCAACAAAUACAAUCUCAUUUGUGGGUUUUUUGUUGGCAUUAACAAUCAUUGGAAAACAUCAAUGUUUGGUUGUUUUUUCCUAGGAGAUGAAACAACAGAAUCAUUUGUAUGGGUUCUACAAACUUUUUUGAAAUCGAUGGGACAUGUAGCUCCUGUUUCUGUAUUUACAGAUCAAGAUCAAGCAAUGUCUAAUGCAAUAUUGAAGGUACUUCCUCAAACAAGACACAGAUUAUGCCUGUGGCAUCUAAUACAAAAUGCUGUGUCACAUUUUGGUGCAUUAAAGCGGGAUACGUCUUUCAAGGAUGCUUUCAACCACUGUCUAAGUGGAUGUGUUAGUGAAGAAGAGUUUGAAAGAUGCUGGAAAAACAUGAUAACUACAUACAAAUUAAGUAACAGUAAGUGGUUUCAACGAUUAUACAAAAUAAAAGACAAGUGGUGUACUGGUUUGAGCAAAGACUUCUUCUCUGCUGGGAUAUUAUCUUCUCAAAGAAGUGAGAGUACUAUCAAUGCAGUUUGUUUUAAGGCAAACAAAAACACAAGUUUGACUGAUUUUUUCAAGAUUUUUCAAGAAACUGUACACCGUUGGAGACGAACAGAGAAGCAAUGUGAAUUUAAUUGCACAAAUUCAACACCUACAUCAGUGUUUCCAAUGACAGGAUUACUCAAACAUGCUUCUGAGGUAUACACUCUGACUCUAUUUAGGGAUUUUGAAUUUGAAUAUGGUGAAGCAAUUGGUUCAUUUUCAAACAUUGUGGCUAUGGAUGGUUACAAGCUGUAUUAUGAAGUGUACAAAGAGAAUGAUACAGAAUCAAAGCAAAAAGUAACAUUUGACGCUGCUGCACAAAGAAUAGCUUGUACAUGCAAAAAUUUUGAGGAAGCUGGAUGGUUAUGUUACCACUGUAUACGUGUGUUACAUCUGCACUCAAUUCCAAGGAUUCCUGAUUGGUAUAUAACAAAACGAUUGACAAAACAAGCAAAGGCAGAUUUCUGGAAGAAGAUGGAUGAUACUGCAAUAUUAUCUAGUCAACAAAACAAAUUUAUCCCUUGGCGUCAUAAUAUGGCACGGAAGUACUAUGACUUGAUAGUAAGAAGUCAAGGGCAACAAGGAACUAGGAAGAUAUUAGAGCAAGGUUUUGAAAGAGAUUCUAAGGAGGUAGAUACAUUCAGAAAUGAAAAUGCUGUCAUGGAAGUAACUACAGAUGCUAAUAUUACAGACAGAGUUCCUACUGUUGAAGUACUUGAUCCAGAUAGAGUUAAUACAAAGGGAAGAAAUAAGAGAGCAAAAGGGCAUUUUGAUAAUGCUUUGAAAAAGAAAAGAGGAAAGAGAUCAAAGAGUAAUUCAACAGAGUACGGUACUACAACUCCAGCUUUUACAACACCGGCACGUUUAUUUUAA